AUGGCGUCGUCAGCGACAGAUGAUGCACUGAAAGAGGUAAAAUGACCAUAAAUCUAAAUUAAGAGCAGUUUAUUAGCGUUAUUGAACGUGCAACCGACCCUUUUAAUCCUUCAGAUAAGUGGAUUUCUAAGGGAAAGGGGAAUCGCCGAGGACAUAAUAGUGAACUUUGAGGAGGAACGGGUGAGUGAUUAUUUUUAACUUUGCACGGACACUGAGCUGUUGUGGAAUCAGUUGUCACUUUGAUCGAAGUAAUAAGGUAUUGAUAAAAUAAAAAAGUAUUGUCGAUCCCCAAUAGUCCAAGAUCUCCCAAAUCGGGCAUUGAAAUUUAAACAGAUGUUCCGCAAUGUUGGUUUCUUGUCUUUCUGCCUGGGUAAUUACGAAGACAUGCAAUGACCUGAAUUCACCCAAAACCACCUACAAGCACCUAAAACCACCUGAAACCACCUACAACCACCUACAACCACCUACAACCACCUACAACCACCUACAACCACCUUUAGAAUACUAUUUUUAUCAUUUAUCAGGCAUUUUUGUGACAAUUUUUUUGACAAAUGUAAAUACACACGGGAAGUGUUGUUUCCGCGACUUUUUAUUCGCGACUCUUUUUUCGCGACUUUUUAUUUACAUUGUUUUAAGUUUGCGUCAGAGAAUUUUGGCUCACAGAGGAUUACGUAGAAGGUAUAACCCAAGUGAUAUUGAUGCUGUUUUACAAGCUGUUGAGACCGAGUUGAGCGGCAGCGACAGAAUCUUUGGUUAUCGUGGAAUGUGGCAAAGACUACUACAAGGUCAUAAUCUUGUUAUUGGCAAAGAAACUGUUUGUCAUGUGCUAAGAAUAGUUGACCCGGCAGGAGUAGAUCGACGCCUGAGAAACAGGCCCAGGCGGAGGAACUACCGAGGUGAAGGACCCAACUACAUUUGGCAUGUCGAUGGCUACAACAAACUUAAACCUUUCGGCUUCUGCAUUCACGGCUGUAUUGACGGAUACGGCCAGCGUAUACUUUGGUAAGAGGUGGGAACAACGAAAAAUUACCCGUGUGUCACAGCAAAAUAUUUUCUAGAUUUUGUCCACUCAGUACGGGGUGGUUCACACAUUGUCCGUGCUGACAAUGGUACAGAGAACGUCAAUAUGGCAGCAAUACAGUGUUUUUUCAGAAGAGAG